ACUGUGGCUGCUAAUCGCAUGUCUCGCGGCCUUCACCAAUAAUAACGUGGCAUGAGGAGAGUAGUGCACGUCUAUGUGGCUAGUGUCUUAUUAACUAGUAUUCAGCGAUAUAACAGUAACUUUUUUACACGCCAAGUAUAUUACACGAAAGAGACGUUAAACAUUUUGAUUAUUUCGUCUGUCUAAACCUACCGUACCUUCUUCAUAUUGUUACUAGCUAUUUAUUAACAAAAUCGACUAAUUAAUAUUUUCUUUCUGCCAGCCAAUCGCACUGUCUAAAUGAUGCAGAUUACCUCCCUGGACUCAUGCUUACAUUUGACAAUACUGAUAAUCCUGCUGUUCUUUUGUCAACAGAAAGUAGAAGGCAAAAAAGAUAAAGUGCUGUAUUGCUCAGCAUGUAAGGCAAUAGUGGAUGAACUCAAUUAUUUGAUUGGACAGGUAGAUCCAAAGAAGACAAUUCAAGUUGGGACAUUUAGACUAUCACCAGAUGGAAGCUUACAAGACAAAAAGGUUCCACUUGCAAAGUCAGAAACAUAUUUGACAGAGCUUUUGGAAAAAGUGUGCGGACAUAUGGAUGAUUACUCUCUCUAUGUGGAUCCUGAGACAAAAGUAAAGUCAUACAAGAGAUUUGCUCCACGAGGCGAUGAUAAAAGUAUGCUUGAGAAUUUUCAGAAUUUUCAGUUUGGCAAUGGACCUGAAAAUUCGAAAAUUUUAAAAUUUGUGUGUGAAAGCAUAGUAGAGGAGUAUGAAGAUGAUAUAAUUUCACUAUACACCCAAGAGGCAGACCAUGUGGCUGACAAGCUGUGCAGCGAAAUAUCAGAUCUGUGUAAAGGUGAACUCACCUCCCAUGCUGAACUAUAAUGAGAGCAUUACUUGAAAUUAAGUUAAAACUUAAGAAUAAUAACACAAUAAAACAACACCAGGAUGCCUUAGACUUUUUGCUUUAACACCAAUUUGAAUAAAGUGAUUUUCAAAAUGUGUAAUUGUAGUUCUGUGUUAAAUACCUAUUCACUAAAGUUCACCAAGGAUUUUACAUUACAUUUUUGUAAAUUUCUUCCGAACCAUUUAUUGAGGUUCAUCUAUCUAUCUAUCUAUCUAUCUAUCUAUCUAUCUAUCUAUCUAUCUAUCUAUCUAUCUAUCUAUCUAUCUAUCUAUCUAUCUAUCACCCAACACUCAUAUGUCAGGAGAUACUUUGUAUUUGUGUGUUUGUCUGCUAAUAUUGUUUUUAUGCUAGUGUCCGAAGGGCUUUUGUGUAUAUAAUUAUAAUAUAUUUUGUUUUACCUGGUGUCCAAAUUUUAAAAUUAUAAAAUGCUCAACAAUUUGUCACUACCAUUGAUUUGUGAAAUGUAUUUAAUAAAAAUGUACUUUUUGUACCAA